CCACCACACAUCGCCAUCAUGGCGCCGCACAGUCGAGGCAAUGCUGUCCCUGCGGGCUUCCAAUCCAAGUCCACCCCCAACCUCCCAACCCUCCACUCCCUCGAGAUGACGCCCGCCUCCAGAUCCGCCCUUGCGUCGCCCGAAAACCAAGCACCCCCGGGCGGUCCCCUCGUUUCUCCUACCAUAACCACCUCCCCGUCUGAACCGCUAUCCGAACCUCCAUCCGUGCCCGCCUCCGUGGAAGACAAUGAUGAGGAAGAAGAGGACGAUAAUCUCUUCGGGAUGAACCCUUCAGACUCUGACAGCGACAGCGACACCAACCCCGCGCCGGCGUCGCGACCCCUCUAUACCUCUCGCUCUCAUACCCAUCUCCCACCACACACAGUCAGCAGCCUCUUCCCACCCUUUUACAAUCGCCCGCCGACGCCGCUGCCGCCCUCGCCCAGCCUCACCUCCCUCCUCCGCCCCUCCUUCAGCACCCAGACUUCGCGCCCCACCACCCCCGAUAGCUCCGACGUCGACAUAACCACAACUCCCAACUCUUCCGCGACGCUCGCCCGCCUCACCACCUCCGCGCGCGCCGCGCCGACCGUCCCUCGCGCAAGCCCCAAAGUGCCAACAUAUGAAUACUACGGUUUCGCGCUCUACCUCGCCAGCAGCGCCGCCUUCUGCAUGUACAUACUCUGGGCCUAUCUCCCGUCGCCGUUCCUGCAUCAGCUAGGGAUCCACUACUACCCGAACCGGUGGUGGGCGCUGGCCGUGCCGGCGUGGCUGGUCGUCGGGGUGGGCUGGAUAUACGUGGCGCUGGCGAGCUAUAAUACUGGAUACCUGACUCUGCCGCUGAAGAGUUGCGAGAACUUGGUAGAUGCGUGCGCAGCGGUUGCGGUUGUGGAUCGGCGGAAUGGGAAGAUUGUGAGGGGACGCGCGAGGCGAGUGGAGGAGCGCGAGGGCGGGAAGGGCGGGACGAGGAGUAAUUCGCUGAGUUUGUAUCAGUAUGGUGCUGAGGAGGAGGUUGAUUGGAGGAGGCUGUGGUCGAUGGGGACGGAUGCGGUCAUGGAUGUGCCGAUUGGAGGCGUUUGUGAGAUUUUGUACGGGGAUGGGCGUGAUAGAGAGCCCUGGGAAAUGGAGAGCAAUCCUGGGGAUACUAGUGGAGUGCAAAAGGGUAGGAUGACGCAUCAAAGGGAAUCAGCGGAGUUCUGAUCGUUCUCGUUUUAAUCAAAUCAUUUGUCAUUGUUUUCAUUUCAUCGCUGGGCUACCCUAAACAUCGGUGUCCAGGACUCAAAAACAAGGACGAGACUACUCAUAACCCCCCUUUUUGCUGCAUAUAACCCCCCCUAGAUUUAGCCUAGCUCCGUCCCGUAUUAAUAUUGUUCCACCAAUUAUAUUCACUCGCUUGUUAGAUGCGUAAAACAGCAAGGCUAUACAAAACGGCAAGGCUAUACAAAUCGGAAAGGAUGUAUACACGAAUCGCAUAGGAUAUAUAUAUAUACAAUAACAACAGUCUAUUCACUCCAUCUACUCUAGCUAGCCUAGAAGCGGAAAGCGUCUAGAUGGCCGC